AUGAUUGAUAGAUGGGACUGCAUCACCCUCAAUGAGAGCACUGUCCACCCGAGCAUCUUCGCCACAGCCGAGAAGGAUGUGUUGCGGCGGAACGAGCAGCUCGGUAUUGGCGCCAGCGAGUUCGAGCUUUUGAGCGCCACCGCCUUUAACCUGUUUCGAUCUUCUGGGGUGGAUUUUGGCGUCGUCGAGGUCGGCCUUGGUGGAAGGGACGAUGCCACCAACAUGCUGGACAAUAAAGCCGUAACUGUCAUCUCCAAGAUUGGCCUGGAUCAUCAGUCUUUCUUGGGCAACACUCUUGCUGAUAUUGCGCUGCACAAAGCCGGAAUUAUGAGACAGGGCGUUCCCUGCGUCGUCGAUGGUAGCAACCCGCGUACUGUCCUAGAUGCCUUACACAGCCAUGCCAAGAGCGUUGGGACCGACAUCGUCCUCGCCCCGCCGUCUUCAGACACACAAACGCAGCUUUCUCGACAAGGAUUUGCACCUCACCAGGUCCAGAAUCUGUCGUGCGCUCUCGAGGCUUUUCGGGUAGUUUGUCCGGAUAAAAGGUCCACCCCCUUAUCGAAGCUGUUGCCAGUUCUACAAAAAGUUUCAUGGCCUGGGAGGCUGCAGACCAUCGACAUCGGCAAAAUCACUGAUAGUAAUAAAUCAGCACUGUUAGACGGUGCACAUAACGUCCAAUCAGCAGAAGUUCUGGCUCGGUAUGUCGAAGCCCAUAUUAGGAAUGGAAACGACCCAGUCACGUGGGUUCUGGCUGCUUCUGCUGGGAAGGAUGUGGCAGGAAUAUUUGAGCUUUUGAUAAAGCCACAGGACCGAGUGGCAGCCGUCCGAUUUGGGCCGGUAGACGGCAUGCCGUGGGUUGUCCCUGAGGAUCCUGAUUUGAUCCUCAAGUUGGCGUCUGACCUAGGGGUAGAUAGAUCACGCCUUUUCAACAGCGACACGGACCUGAGGCAAGCUUUGAAAUGGGCCGUCUCAACAAGCCGCGACCAGCCAGUUGUAAUUGCCGGAAGCUUGUAUUUAGCUGGUGAUGUUCUCAGACUUUUGAGAUAA